GCGUUUUUAAAAGACGGAGCGCCGGUCUGCAAUGCAUUCUCUAUGGCAGGACGCGCAAGCAGCGCGCCUUUUAAAAAGCCGGCCGGAGCGUUUAAACGCUCCACGCGCCUCGCGCUUUUAGACGCGCGCCCCCGUUGAAAAAAGUUGAACUUUUGAAGAAAAGCGCUUCACGUCAUCGGCGCUUUUUUUGAACGACCAAUCAAAAUCGAGGAUGAGGCAAGGCUAAAAGUAUAAACCGAACUCAAACUGAAACAAACUGAAACAUGUCGGACGAAAGCUUGAUAACAGCUGUGAGCGAGUGUCCGGUCCUGUACGACCUCACGUUGAAGGCCUACCACGACCUAACAAAACGCAACCAGGCCUGGCGAGACAUUUCAUCUAUGCUGGGCGUUACAGCUGAAGUGUCCCGCAAGAAAUGGAAGUACUUGCGGGAUAAAUAUUUGAGGGAGAGGAAGGCAGAGAGGGACAGGAAGAAAAGUGGGGCCGGUGCCACCUCUUUCAAGAGGUGGAAGUAUAUGGCGAUCAUGGGCUUCCUGGAGCUCCAUGUGAAGGAGAGGGUAUCUUCUAGUAAUAUGGAGCAGGGAGAUUAUAGCCGGCAGGAAAUAGCACCGGAGAUCUUGGCCCUGCUAGCGCCCAGUAUGUCUCCCCAACGAGAGGUGGUGGCUCAAAGUGAAGAGGAGAUAUCUCCUCCCUCUCCCAGCCUAUCAGAGUCCGCUGUGGACACCUCUCCUCCAUCUCCUCCCACUACCUCUACGGUGACUCUGGUCACACCGCUGCGUCCUGUACCUCCACCACCACGCAGGAGACAGCUGGAGCAGCCGCUGUCUGCGUUCCAGAAAUCAAUCCUGUCCUCCAUCCAGAAAGAAAAGGAGAAUACAAUGGCUGUGGACGAGGAUGAGCAUUUUAUGCUCAGCCUCGUCCCAUCAUUGAGGAGGCUGUCGAACCAAAAAAGGGCCCAGGCGCGCAUGAGGAUGCAGCAGGUCCUUUAUGAUGUGGAGUUUGGAGAGUAAUUAAUUUGUAAUCAUUUUCUAUUUAGAUUUAGUUUUAAGAUUUAACAUUUUUUUAAAUGUGUAAAUAAAAUUUGUAAUCAGUUUCUAGUUAGAUUUAGUACAAGCUAUAAGAAAUGUUUCAAAUGUGUACAUAAUAUCUUGGAAUCAUUUUCUAUUUAGAUUUAGU